AUGUCAGGAGCAGGGGCCGAGGAAGCGCAGGGAGCGCACGCCAACUGGCAGCGGGCGACGCGGCCGAGCCUGCCGAGGGAAGCGCCCGCCCAAGGGACUGUCAGGACGGUGGGGAGGGGACGGGAACGGGGAAACCGCAGCUGGUGGAGGACCGAACCGGAGACUUCGAACGGCAGGCAGGACCCGCUGCUUCAACACCCGUUAAAGUUUCAGGAGCCCCGGCCGCGGUCCGCGGCCUGCCGUCCUCCCCGGGCGGCGAGGGAGGCGGCGGAGCGUCGCCAGCGGCCCGGCCGGGCGUGUGUCCCGGUGGCCGGGCCGGCCCCGCGCCCGCCUCACCCCUCAGGGGUGGCUCCCGCCGCCCUGACAGGAGGCGGCCCGCGGGCCUGUCCCGGCCCGCGGCCCCGCGGGCUCCUCACGCCUUCCGGGGGGGGCCGCGCCGCGCCGCGCCGUUUAUUCGCGUUUUCUCACCGAGCCCUGUCUGCUAGCGAGGCACCCGCUGCUCAUCACUCCUCCUUGUCCUUUAACUCCUUCCUCGUCGUCUCCCGCGUCAACACUGAGUUAGCGAUGGAUUUGGAAGCGGUGGUGUGGCCAUCCCUGGAGAGCUGCGUCCUGCACUGGGCUCACCCCUACGAGAGAGACUGGAGAGUCCAACGAAGGGCCACCGAGGUGAAGAAGGGACUGGAGCAUCUCACCUAUAAGGCAAGGCUGUCAGCGCUGGGACUGUUCGUCCUGGGAAAGAGCAGGCUCAGGGGGAUCUCAUCGAUGUCUGAAACACUGGAGGUGUGAUGGAGCGCUGGCACAGGUUGCCCAGGAAGGAUGUGGAGUCUCCAUCCUUGGAGGUUUUCAAAAGCCGUCUGGUCACGUUCCUGGGCAGCCGGCUCCAG